AUGCGUGUCAUUUUUAUCGUGUAUGCUUUCUGGAAGCCCCGAAAGGCGCAAGUCAUCGUCUUCUCUAGGAAUGCAUGCGGACCCAUCUGUCCAACUGUACUCUCCGAAUACCACCGACGCAAGAGAAUUGUUGGAGGAAGGGCUGCUGAACUUUUAGAGUACCCUUACGCUGUGAGCAUCAGAAAAAAACUGAAGGGUUCGAACUCCAAACCAUUUCCUUUCUGCGGUGGUGCUCUGAUUACGGAACGACAUGUCCUCACAGCUGCUCAUUGCCUCAAUAAAAAGUCACCCAAGAUCCUGAGCGUGAACAUCGGCGAUUAUAAUUUUGCCUCCUCUCAUGAUACAGAGAAUCACGUUCGCGCGGUGCCAACGUUCAGACAACACGAGGAAUAUGAUGUGCCAUCUUACAGAAAUGAUAUCGCAAUCGUCUACCUCAACGAAUCUGUGUCCCUGCUGCAGAACAGCCUGGAGACAGCCAUACUGCCGCCUCUGAAUUCGGACAUAACGCCCGGGACUGUCGCAAGAGUGGUUGGAUGGGGAAGGCUGCGCUAUGGUGGGCCUAAGUCAAGUAUACUGAGGAAAGUGGACAUACCUGUUGUCAAUCGCACAAUAUGCCAACGCCCCUUGAAGCACAGGAUUUAUCCACUUAUGGUGUGCGCUGGAGGGAUCGAAGGAAAGGAUGCUUGCAUAGGCGAUUCUGGAGGACCCAUGUUGAUUCAAGUCAACAGUUACCACGUUGUCGCUGGCGUGGUGUCGUUUGGAAAAAAAUGUGCCCUCAAGGACGUCUAUGGAGUUUACACUCGUCUGGGCCUUUAUGGCCCAUGGAUAUACAGGAACACUAUCGAUGCUGAGUGCAAGCCAGCAUUUACUGUUGACCGGGACUACCCGUGGCGUUCAUACGAGGGCUUAGAUACCCUUGUGUUUGAUGACAUUACUGACAACAUUAUUAAAUGAAUCAUAUCUGUGA